CACAGAUCAAAAAUAUCCUAUUUUUAAUUUUUAUGUCAAAUUCAGCCGUGGUUGAAUAUUUAUUCGUGACCUCAAAAUAAGAUUAUAUUUUAGCAUAUAAGUAAUUAAAAAUACGAUUAAAAAUUUACUAAAGUAUAUUUCAAUUCCUAGGAUCAAACAAGUCUGAAUGAAUUGUGUCCUUGAAAGCUUAUACUAAUUUUCUAAUUGUUUCUAUUAAGUAACCUUUCGUCAUUGCGAAUAGAUUCUUUGCUAAUGAUCGGAGAUUGUGAAUAAAAUAAAAUUAAUCCGGAAAAAAUAAACAUGGCUAAAGAAGAGGAUGACGACAAUUUACCCGAUAAAGAUGCGGCAAAGGAAUUCUACGCUAAAUAUGAACCGAAAGAAAUAAUUGGGAGAGGCAUAAGUUCAACAGUAAGAAGAUGUGUUGAAAAAGAGACUGGCCGGGAGUAUGCUGCUAAAAUUAUUGACCUCAGUCAGGAGUCUCAGGAUGGUGUGGAUACGCACACAAUGAGGGAUGCCACCCGACAAGAGAUCAGCAUACUGAGAAUGGUCGCUGGUCAUCCUUAUAUUAUUGAACUACAAGAUGUAUUUGAAUCCGAGACAUUUAUAUUUUUGGUCUUCGAGCUUUGCAAGAAUGGUGAACUGUUUGACUAUUUGACAUCAGUUGUGACAUUAUCAGAGAAGAAAACUAGAUAUAUUAUGAGGCAGGUGCUGGAGGGCGUUCGGUUUAUACACAGCAAGAGUAUAGUUCAUCGGGAUCUUAAGCCGGAGAACAUUCUACUUGACGAUCAACUCAAUGUUAAGAUAACUGACUUUGGAUUUGCAAGGGUGCUGAACGAUGGAGAAAAGUUAUUCGAACUAUGUGGAACGCCGGGAUAUUUGGCACCAGAAACCCUGAAAGCUAACAUGUUUGAAGACGCACCCGGCUAUGGCAAGGAGGUUGACACAUGGGCAUGCGGCGUCAUAAUGUUUACAUUGUUAGUCGGCUGUCCACCGUUUUGGCAUCGGAAACAAAUGGUGAUGCUACGUAAUAUUAUGGAAGGGAAAUAUUCUUUCACGAGUCCCGAGUGGGCGGAUAUUUCAGAAGACCCUAAAGAUCUGAUCAGACGGUUCCUUGUUGUUGAACCGAGUGAAAGAAUCGACAUUGAAGAUGCCUUACUUCAUUCAUUCUUCCACACAGUGCUUUGGGACCAAGACAUGACCCCGCUGAAGAAGUCCUAUGCCGGUACAAGCCGCAAAAUGUCAAGAAUCGACCAGUUGGCAAUGGCGAUAAAAUCCGGUGGUUUCAACGCCCGUGCGAAGCUGCGUCUCGCUCUAUUGACUGUGCGGGCUGCGGUGCGUCUGCGUCGUUUGCCGCACACAUCUGCGCGUGCCGUGCCGCUCUGCGAUGCGCUGAUAGAUCCGUACGCCAUGCGAGCACUGAGAAAGGUGAUCGACGGUUGUGCUUUCCGCGUGUACGGACAUUGGGUAAAGAAGGGAGAAGGUCAAAACCGCGCCGCACUGUUCGAGAACAUGCCGAAAACCGAGCUAAAAAGCCUCUACGUUAGCAACUUGAGUCGAUAACUAAUGAGUCAACUGAAAUGGCUAUCUCCUUGCCGCAGCUGCUUCCCUGGUGAUUUGGUGAAAAUACCAGGAUAGCAGCACUAUAGAAGAAGUGAGUCAGAAUCAGCGAACAAACAUGUGUGAUGUAGGUAAUAAAAAAUCUAUUGAAAAUCUGA